AUGCCACCUAAAAGAAACUCCAGCACAGCGGUCGCGUCUAAUACAAACUCCAAUCCAACACAACAAUCAAAGAGGCCCAAACCACCUUCACAACAAUUAAAAAAACAAGAAAUAUUGACAUUUUUACAAAGCACAUACUCAUAUUAUACGUUGAAAGAAUUAGAAAAACUGAUCCCAAAAAACUGUAAAUCUAUAUCGAAUGGUAUAUUAGUUAAAGAUUUAAUCAAGUCAUUAUUAGAUGAUGAUUUAAUUCAUAUGGAAAAAUGUGGGAAUAUUAAUAUUAUAUGGUGCUUUAAGAGACAAGUUAUGAAGGAACAAUUUAUCAUUGGUGAAAAAUUGGAAAGUUCAUUGCAAGUUUGUAAAGAAGAAUAUAGUAAAUUGGAAAAUGAUAUCGAAGAUUGUUUACAAGGAGAAUACAAUGAAUAUAUUAUAGAUGAUGGAAAUAAUGGUGGAAAAUUAAAGAGAGAUGAUUGUUUGAGAGAAUUAAAGGAAUUAGAUGAUAAAUUAAAGGUUUCUAAAAAUAAUGUGAUGGAAUUAGAGAAAUUUAAAUGGGAUGACGAAAGGAUUUCUUUGGAAAAAGAAGAAAAACUGAAAGAUAUUAAUCGAUUGGAAAAACUAACUGAUAAUAUUGAAAUAUUAGUAUCAUACCUUUCUAAUAAAUUUUUAAUUGAUUCAAAACAGAUAAGGAAAGAAUUCGGAAUACCAGAAGACUUCAAAGAGUUUUCGUAA